CAACUUAUCAAAUCUCCGUAGAGCCGGGCGGAUUUUCUUCUUAGUGACAGAUAUCUCGCAGUUUUCAAUUUACUAGUGGCACAGGACUUUGCUUACAAACUACGUGCAGGUUUUAUGUUUACAACGCUGUGUCUUGACUAUUUGCUUUCACGUGCUUCAUUAAGGAGAAAUUAUUUGUGAUUGCUCUUCAAAUGAGAUAAGAGUGAGGAGGACUAGAGUCCACAAUGCUACAAUCUGUGGUUCUACACUUACAUGUAAAACUGUGAAGGAUUUGGUGGCUUUUUUUUUUCUUUCUUGGAUAAAAGAAAAUCUAUAAAAAUUUCAUUGCUGGCUGAUUGAUUUUUCUCUCUGCCACAGCAUAUAAGGUUAUAGCUGUAUUACAUGGUAGAAAUUGGACACAACUUAGCAGAGAAGUAACCAUAUUGAUUUUGGUUUCUCUUUUGUCUGGUUUUACUCCAAAGUUUGGAACAUUCUCCUGUCUGCUUUUAAACACAUGGUACCGACAGAGAAAUGGUGAUCUUUGAGAAAACAGGAGAUAGUCUUUGAAGAGUUGCAGAAACAGAUUCUUUUGUGAUUAUACAGCAAACAGUAUAGGAAUUUUAUUCAACAAAUCCAGGUCAUUGAAGAAGAUGUAGACACUUAGGAGCCAUAUCUGUCAAUGUGAUGCCAUAUUUAAAUGGUUCAUGAAUUGGUAAAAUAGCAAUAGUAUAUGCAGCAGCAUUAGUGCUGUGGCGACCAUGAACAGCAUUCUGGGUACCUUCACCGCGGUGGUGAUUCUGAGCACCGCGGUUGUCAGCACACAAAACGUUCAACCCCAAAUCACCCAGGAGGUGAAGAACCUGACCGUGGCAGAGGAACAUGUAGUCAGUUUUGUGUGUAAAGCCUCAGGAAAUCCCCAGCCCACGUUCUACUGGGAGAAAGGCGGAAAGAAACUGAACACGAGGAGGAACCGGUUCAAAGUCUUCGACAUGCCCUUCGGCAGUGUUCUGAGAAUCGAAACAGUCAAGCCCAACGACAAUGAUUUUUUUACUUGUGUCGCCGAAAACGGGGUCGGAGAUCCUGUCAGGAGCACUGGUCACCUGAAGGUCUACAGGAUCGACCGCGAAGGAAACGAGUUUCCACAAGGCUAUCCCAACAUUAUCAUCAAUCCCGAACUGAAGUCUGUGGAGAAAGAAAAGCCAACAGUGAUGCAGUGCAAAGCGGAUGCUAAUGGUCACAAGUUCGAAAUCGAGUGGUUCAAAAAUAAUGUCCCAGUAGAGCUGGGUGAUAAUAGAAGACUGACCAUUACAGACACAGGCUCUCUGCAAAUUGCCAAGGCGCUAGAAUCUGACUAUGGGAGGUAUGAAUGUGUAGCAUCCAAUGAAUAUGGAGUGGCAUAUUCCUAUGCUGCCAUGCUCUAUGUCAGAGUCCGAAGAGUUCCACCUCAUUUUACUAUCCCACCAAAGCGAGAGGAAGUGGACCCUAACGGCAGCGUCAAUUUAACAUGUGUGGCAAUAGGGUCUCCGAUGCCAUAUGUCUUGUGGCGAGAUGGCGCCAAUCAACUGGGCGAACCUGUCAUAGGAAAAAACGUCCUUCAGUUAAAAAAUGUCACAGAGAGCAAGAACUACACAUGUGUUGCCUCAUCAGACCUUGGGAACAUCGAACAUGUGGGAGAAGUCAUCGUCCGAGCCAAGGUUAUUGAUUCUGGUAUGCAAUCUCACCUGUUUGUCUUACAUGAACAGCAUGGGUCUGAAUUAUAUCAUAAUGCCCCAGGAACUCCUCCCAGAUAUGUAAUAGCCAAAGCUCUGAAUCCUAGAACAGUCGAGGUCUCUUGGCUACCCCCAGAAAAACCAAAUGGAGUCAUACAGGGAUAUCGAGUGUUUUACACUCUGCAACCAGAUUUACCCAUAAUCCUGUGGCACAACCAGGAAGUCCAAUCAAACACCAACAGUACCAUCAUAACAAAUCUGAGUCCCAAUGACACAUACACCAUUUGUGUCCUGGCUUAUUCUGCCAAAGGGGAGGGGCCAGUGUCGCAACUCAUCACAGUCAUCACCAAUGAAGGAAUUCCGUCCCAACCUCGUAACAUUAGGCAGGAGGUGACCGGACCAAACACGAUCAACGUCUCUUGGGAGCCACCUAGUCAGACCAGGAACCCCGUCAAGGAGUACUGGGUGUACUACAAUGACACCUAUCUAAAGCAGGAAAACAAGGCGGUGGUCCCCGGUACUCAAAACAGGUACCAGCUCCAGGACCUGACCCCCAACACAGUGUACACCAUCAAGGUCUCUGCCCUCUCCGAGAAAGGGGAGGGGGCUGCCACUCGCAUCAUCCAGGCCAUCACCCAAGACUUUGUUCCAAGCGCCGCCCCACAAGCUGUUAGCGGAAUGCCAUACAAAGAUUCCAGAAGUAUCAAAGUCACUUGGAAACCUCCCCCCAAAGAUCAGCAAAAUGGGGAGAUUCAAGGCUAUAAGAUAUUUUAUGUGAAAAACGAAAAGAGUCAGACUGAUCAGGAUGCAAAAAGCGUCUCAGUGGAGGCUGAGGAGAUAGUCUUGGGCGAGCUCGAGAUAUUUACCGAGUAUAAGAUCUGGGUUAUAGCCUUUACCACUGUGGGAGAUGGUCCUCGUUCUCAGCCCAUACGAGUUUGGACUAACGAAGAUGUGCCGAAUGAACCUGUUAAGGUUACUGCUGAGGCGAUCAACUCUACAGCCAUGUUUGUGGAAUGGAGACCACCGGAGGGUCGCGGCAGCAACGGAAUAAUCCGUGGAUAUUACGUCUACUACUACGAGACAAAUAAUAAAGAUGAAAUGGUGGGACAGGAACUGGUUCAUGACACACAUGAUGGAAACAGAAACGAGGCGGUCAUUACGAACCUGAAGGCGGACACUGUGUACUCCGUGCAGGUGGCAGGGUACACACGCAGGGGUGACGGAAAACGCAGCAAGAAAAGGACCAUCAACACCAAAGGGGCAGUUCCUACCCCACCACGAGAUCUGCAUGCUUCGUUGCUGGACACGUUACAAGUCCAUGUGACAUGGAAGAUACCCAGAGAAUUGUAUGGCCAGUUGCUAGGUUACCAGGUCAUCUGGGGUCGCAAGGGGGAAUCCUAUCAGAUGCUGAAUCUUCCCUCACACCGGAUGAGUUACAUCUCUGAUGUUUUAGAAAAAGGGGCCACAUAUGAAUUUAGAGUUAAGGCUAAAAAUGAAGUUGGACUUGGUGAGAGAGCAUCAGCUAUCAUCAUUACCCCUGAUGGUGUCCCUGACGGAGCCCCUCAGAAUUUCUCCGGGGAUAGCUUAUCCGAGACCAGCAUUCUCCUCGAAUGGGAUCUUCCUGCCAAGCACCUGCAGAAUGGAGAGAUUGUCAUGUACCAGCUUCUGUAUCGUAAACUUGGUUCUAACAUAGAGGAAGAACUGAACGUGACCGGGCUACAGUACGAAGUGAAGGGACUGGAUAUGAACACGGACUACGUAUUCCGGAUCCGCGCUUUCACCAGUAUGGGGCCAGGCCCAUGGAGUGCCGAGUAUCGACAUCACACGUUUGGAAAAAUGCCUGAUAAGCCACUGAAUGUAAAACUAAGAAGAAAGAGCUCUAACAAGAUUGAGGUCACCUGGGAUGAACCCAAUACAGCGGUAUCAGGGUACAGGGUGUACUACAAUGAAUACCAGACCCCCAACAUGGAGGACUGGAGAAAGUUAGACAUUGGCCCGUACACGAUAGCUGACAUUGAUAUCCCUGAUGAAAAGUCAACCUAUGUCGUGAAAGUACAGGCCAAGUCUGUCGAUGGCAGAUUCGGAAAUUUAUCCGACGCAGCUGUAGAUCCUUUUGUCAUAGAGCGUCCAAAGAGUGACCAGGUGCAGAAUUUUGAGGUGACUAUGCGCACGGCCACAGAGGUCCAUUUAAGCUGGGACCCCCCAGCGAAGAUUGGUGUUGCCUAUUACAUGUUAAAGUAUGACGGUGUCACAUCCAAGCGAAUGAAGGGCAGGCUGGCAAACCCAGUACAUAGAGACAUGAGAACAGAAAAGAUUUUAGCCAAUCAAAAGAGUUGUAUUGUCAAAAAUCUCUCACCAAAAACUCUGUACACAUUCAACAUCUCUUCUUUCUAUAAAAGUGGAGAAUUCGGGCCUCCACAGAUGGUCCGAGUAUAUACACGUCUUUUAGCCCCAAAGGUUGUACAUCAGCCUCAAAUCAAAGGCUACGUAGCGGACUCGGUGAUUUUGAGCUUUAACAAAGCUAGCGAGGACAACGGUGACCUGAGCUACUAUUAUCUUGUGGUGGUACCGAAUGAUAUCGCCAUCACUAAGAAUCCAUCAGACUUCAAAGAGUCCGAGAUAGGGUUGAAGUUGAAUGAGACCACUAACACGUUUUACGCUGAUCAAACAUCGUCAAAUGCUGUUUAUAUCGCUGCAAAGUUCAAUGCGGAACAGCUUCCUUCAGAUUUUAAACUGGGCGACGAUGCAGAAUAUGGAGGCUUUAAGAACCGCCCACUUGAUAAGGACACUCAGUACAAUGUCUUCUUGCGAGCUUACACAGUAGAUAAGAGUUUAUACAAGUCCAGCGAAUAUUCUGUAUUGUUUCACUUGCAACACUCAAACCCCACCAGUUCAGACCCCGGAUACCUGCCCCCUGGUUCCACAGGCUCACAGGAAGAAAGCAGCGGCCCGCUGAAAGAGGAUGUUGCAAACUCUAAAAGUGUCAUGAUUAUAAUGAUUGUAGCUCCUGUCUGUGCUGGCGUUGUUCUCGUUAUCAUUGGCUGUAUUUUGCUGGUGUGGUACAUGAGGAGGAAAUCUAACCGAAAAUCAAAAAGCCCCGAACCUUACACAGGUAAAGUGAUUGUGGAUGUCCCCUCUCACCCGUGUGACCCCGUAGAACUGCGUCGCCAACAUUACCAGACUCCAGGCAUGAUAAGUCAUCCUCCAAUUCCAAUCCAUAUGCUCCAGGAACACAUAGACAAUCUAAAAGCCAAUGAUAAUCUCAAGUUCUCUCAAGAAUACGAAUCCAUUGAACCAGGGCAGCAGUUUACAUGGGACCAAUCCAACUACGAAAUUAACAAACCCAAAAACCGCUAUGCUAACGUCAUCGCCUACGAUCACUCUCGCGUCAUUCUGCAGCCGGAGAAUGGUAUUCCAGGCAGUGAUUACAUUAAUGCUAAUUACAUGGACGGCUACAGGAAACAGAAUGCUUAUAUUGCUACACAGGGUCCCCUCCCAGAGACAUUUGGAGAUUUCUGGAGAAUGGUUUGGGAACAGAGGACAGGCACAAUUGUUAUGAUGACCCGCCUAGAAGAAAGGUCAAGGAUUAAGUGUGACCAGUACUGGCCCCACAGAGGUGCGGAGACGUACGGGGUGAUGCAGGUUCUCCUGGUUGACGUGACGGAGCUCUCCACAUACACCAUCAGGACCUUCCACAUAUCCAGGUAUGGAUAUCCAGAGAAGCGUGAAGUGCGACAAUUCCAGUUCACUGCCUGGCCAGACCAUGGAGUCCCCGACCACCCCACCCCCCUCCUGAUGUUCAUGAGGAGGGUCAAGGCCAGUAACCCAUCUGAUGCCGGACCACUGAUCGUUCACUGCAGUGCUGGGGUUGGCAGAACAGGUGCUUUUAUCGUCAUUGAUGCCAUGCUGGAACGCAUUAAACACGAAAAGACUGUGGACAUUUACGGUCAUGUGACCUGUUUACGAGCUCAACGUAACUACAUGGUACAGACGGAGGACCAAUACAUCUUCAUUCACGACGCGCUCCUAGAGGCCGUGACCUGCGGGAACACGGAGGUUCCUGCUCGCAACCUGUCCGUACACAUCCAGAAACUAAUGCAGCCAGAGCCGGGAGAGACGGUCACUGGAAUGGAGUUAGAGUUUAAGAGAUUAGCAAAUAUGAAGGCCAGUCCCAAUCGCUUUGUUAGUGCAAAUCUUCCUGUUAACAAAUUCAAGAACCGACUGGUUAAUAUUUUACCAUUUGAAUCCACACGAGUAGCAUUACAGCCCAUCCGGGGAGUAGAUGGUUCAGAUUAUAUCAAUGCAAGCUUCAUAGAUGGCUACAAAUAUCGCCAAGCCUACAUUGCCACACAAGGCUGUUUAGCCGAGACCACUGAGGACUUCUGGAGAAUGCUCUGGGAACACAACUCUACAAUCAUCGUCAUGCUCACGAAACUUAGAGAAAUGGGCAGGGAGAAAUGCCACCAGUACUGGCCCAGUGAGAGGUCUGCCCGCUAUCAGUAUUUUGUUGUAGAUCCUAUGGCAGAAUACAACAUGCCUCAGUACAUUCUGAGAGAAUUCAAAGUAACAGAUGCAAGGGAUGGACAGUCCAGAACUAUCCGACAGUUCCAGUUCACUGAUUGGCCGGAGCAGGGUGUUCCCAAGUCCGGAGAUGGCUUCAUUGACUUCAUUGGUCAAGUCCACAAAACCAAGGAACAGUUCGGCCAAGUGGGGCCAAUCACUGUACACUGCAGUGCUGGUGUCGGGAGAACUGGUGUUUUCAUCACGUUAAGUAUCGUGCUGGAGAGAAUGAGAUACGAGGGAGUGGUGGACAUGUUCCAAACCGUUAAAAUGCUGCGAACGCAACGACCCGCCAUGGUGCAAACCGAGGACCAAUAUCAGUUUUGUUAUAGAGCUGCCUUUGAGUAUUUGGGAUCGUUUGACCACUAUGCAACGUAGAGACAAAAAAACUAAUCAUAGCGUUGUGAACUUCUUCAAGCAAAUUGGUUGUUCUUGGUGGACAAAUACCGGACUUUGGUGAGGUGGCCAGACACUUGGGCACCUUGUCGGCUCUUUGUUUACAUGUGCAAUAACGUUUAGUUAGAGUAAUCCCUACUUUCUGUGAUGUCCUUGGAGUGUCGUGGCCAGUACAGAAAGGUCAAGGAUAUCACUAAUCAUGUUGACAUCUGUGUUGCCAAAGAAGAACUGAUUUUUGGUCUGCUUCUCUUGUGUAUAGAGGAGAGGAGUCCAAUCUGUGAUUUUUUUUUCUUUUGAAGUUUAGCCAUGGUGCUUGUACGUAUGUGUUAGUCAUUCUGAACGCUAUAGAAAACUGCUUCCAUAGUAUCUUAACAGAGAUGUAAUCAUUGUGUCUUUGCUUUUACUAGCGAACAACAAUCUCUGUACUUUCAAAGAAUGUCAAGGUAAAAAUACACCCCAAACCUAAGGGAUAUCUGAACUGGACACAUUAUAAUCUGUUGUGUUGCUAUUUAUCGUUGCAAAUUUUCAUGACUCGGGAAUAUGAAAUAGAUUGUGCUCAAUGUUACACAAAAUUCCAAACAAUCAUCGCUUUGCAAAACAUCUCAUACAUUUAGAUAAAUUUCCAGCUGUGAAAUAUACAAAUAUGAGAAAACCUUUUUUACAAAACUUUGAACGGACUAUAUAUCUUUUAUGUCCAGUGAUUCAUAAAUGUUCAAAGAAUAUCUUGUACAUGGAAGCCAUGACAGAUUUAGGUCAUCAGCAAAAUCAUAUAGUUCUGUAAUAUAGAAAAUAAGUAUGCGUCGCUUUUUACUGUAUGUACAAUUGACUUUCUUUGUUUGCAUCUGUUUUGGACAGAGAAAAAGUGCUUUUUGAUCAAGAUGUCCCUAAACACAAACCAACUAAAUGUGCACAGGCAUAAUAUUGAACCUAUGAAAUUCAUAGGUCUGGCAUUUGUGUGUAUUUCCGUAGUGAUAUAUAUGUGCUAUUUAAAAAAUAUAUUUCUCAACUAAAGUUGAGACCUGAUCUUGAACUACAGCAAAGAAAGAAGUCAAUUCAAUUUUGUGUUUUUGUUUUUUACAAUAAAAAAGAGCUUCAUAAUAUUUCACAUUGUUAGUCGCUAUAUUGAAAGUUGUGUAAAUAAACGUACACCCACCUAAGAAUAGUAUUGAAUCAUAUUGUAUAGAUAUAUAUACUUAAUAUUCAUUUUACACGACAUGGCAUUAUAAUUAGACCAAGAUCAUCUCAUGCAUCAUUAUUAUAUAUUAUCCAUUUGACAUUUCUCAUCUUCAUCAAAAAUGUUGACGUUUUGAGUGUUAAAGAGCUGUGAUGAAUUCUCUUUCAAUAGGAAUUGAUCCUAAAUUUUCAGGGAUAUGGUAUUUUGGUAUUACACAUUAUAAUUGGAUUAUUGCUAUAAAACUAGGAUUAACUUGAUUAAUUAAAGUACAUGGUAGAUCACAUAUUGAAUUGCCUGUAUUUUGUUUUGAAAGAAAAAUAUACACAAAUUCACAUGAAAAAGCUGAAGUUUUUCUUUCUCUUUGUUGUGUUUUUACAUGUCAAAUAACUGUUGCUUAUUUAAGAGAAUUCAGCAUAGCGUUUGUUUGUUUGCAUCAUGUGUUAGUUGUCAUGACAAUGCAGAAUUUAUAGACUCCACAUGAUGUUUCCAUUAUGACAGCGCACGUUUAAAUUAAACAUCAUCAUGGGGUUUUUUUUGUAAAGAGUAAAAAAAUAAAUAUGAACUUUUAUGUGGCAUUGUAUAUUCUAAUGCUAUCAAAUAGUCUUCAUUGUAAACUGACAUUCAUAGUUCAUUCUCCAUGGUUUAUAUCUGAAAGUGAGAUGUAUUUUACACAUUGUUAAAGAGAGCUGGAACCCGUUAGACUUGAUACAUCCUUCGUGUAGAUAAUGUCUCAAUGUAUGUAUGUCUGCUUGUUCUUACUUCCUGAAACUGUCAGCCAAGAAUCUCAUUCUGAAUCCUUACAGCAUCAUACUAGACUUUGUAUAAACAAGUAUUCCUUAUACUAUACACCAGUCAUGUCUCUGUGCCGUUUGUUCCUUUUUUAUUCAUUUUCUUCUUCUUUUU